GAUGGUUGCGGAUUUGUACGCAUCGACCUGACAGGCCAAAUUCAGGGUUACAAACUCCCAGGUCCUCUAUCAGUCUGUCCGACUACUCGCCUGAAUGAAAACACAGGAGCGACGCCACUGCAAGUGAGGCAGAGUUGAGGUGAUAAAAAUCAACUGCAACCAUCCUCUGCGGGUUUCUUCUCAGGUUUCAACGGUGUACAUCUUUGUUCAGCGCGCUGUGUGCUGUACGUGACAGAGAAGCAUGGACCCACGGAAAGUGGCAGAGUUAAAGGCCUUCGUGCAGAUGUGCGAGUCCAAUCCCCAAAUUUUGCACCUUCCAGAGAUGAGCUUCUUCCGGACCUGGUUGCUUGGAAUGGAUGCAACAAUCCCUCCCCCAGCCAAGACAAAGGAGUCAUGCCAGGGUGGCUGUCCUUGUGGCCCUCCUCCUACAUCAGCUCCAGCUCCUGAGCCGGAGCCUCCUGUACUGUCUACGAGUGAGGAGAGUGAUAUAGAAAUAGACAAAGAGGGAGUGAUCGAACCAGACACUGAUGAGCCACAGGACAUGGGAGAGUUUGAAAACACUGAGGUCACAGAGGAGAUGAUGGACCAGGCCAAUGAGAAGAAGAUGGCAGCCAUCGAUGCUCUCGGAGAAGGUGAUCUGCAAAAAGCUCUGGAUCUUUUUACUGAAGCCAUCAAGCUGAACCCCUGCGUAGCCAUCAUGUACGCCAAGAGGGCAAGUGUCUUUAUCCAGAUGCAGAAACCCAACGCAGCCAUAAGAGACUGUGACAGAGCCAUCAGCAUCAACCCAGACUCUGCACAACCGUACAAGUGGAGGGGAAAAGCUCACAAGCUGCUGGGCCACUGGGAGGAGGCAGCCAAGGACCUGGCCACAGCUUGUAAACUGGACUAUGACGAGGAUGCCAGUGUAAUGCUGAAGGAGGUCCAGCCUAAGGCUAACAAAAUCAUCGAGCACAGACGCAAGUACGAGCGUAAGAGAGAAGAGAGGGAUGUCAAGGAGAAACAAGAGCGGAUAAAGAAAGCCAGAGAGGAGCAUGCACGGGCUCAGAGGGAGGAGGAAGCACGACAGUUCGGAGGAGGAUUCUUCCCAGGUCCUGCUGGAUUCCCAGGCGGAGCCCCUGCUGGCAUGCCUGGUCUCGGUGAACUCCUGAAGGAUCCUGAGCUGCUUAAUGCCAUGAAGGACCCUGAGGUGAUGACUGCCUUCCAGGAUGUGGCACAGAACCCGGCCAACAUCUCCAAGUACCAGAACAACCCCAAAAUCAUGGCGCUCGUCACCAAGCUGAGUUCCAAAUUUGGAGCUUCACCACAGCCGUAGACGGGACCGAGGAUGAGAGGAUACGUGGUGAAACAAUCUGGAGAGCCACACCGCUUUUCAACAAUUAUUCCACUGUGUGCAGAUCAGACAGGGGAGCAGGUGACGGGUUAAUUGGUGUCAUGUAGAGAAGGUGGGGCAACUUUUUAAAUGUUCUUAAUCAGCCUGUUAGCACUUAGCAACGUCUCAACAAAUCAAACCGAUGGUUAGGCGUCAGGUCUGAUAACCUCCACUGGCUCGUCUCAGCUGGGACUUUACUAAACCACAGGUUGACAUUUCUUAACCUGUAUCUGAAAACGCUAAACUGGAAGCUCCAGCAUACAAUAAUUCUUUUUUACAGCCAUUGAAUACGUGGUAACGGUUUAGGUUUUUUCUUUCUCCAAACAUAGCCGAGCUCUCACAAAGUGUCGCCACUUUUUGUAAUCGGGUCUAUUAUUAUAAAUGCAAAAAAAAUGGCUGAUCUUGAUGUUUGACCCUGUUGGAAAAGUAUGAUUAAUGAUGAUUCACAAUAAUAAAACCUCUGUUGCUUCAAAA